ACAUACACACCAUUGUUAUUGAAAAACUAUACAAUCUUUUCCAAGUAGACCUACAAUUUAUUCUCAUAAGCAUUUAGAUUUUCUCAAUGGACCACAACGUGAGUUUACAGACCGCGGACUACGUGGUGACAACGCUGAUGUUGGUGGUGCCGCUAGCCAUUGGCAUUUUCUAUGCAGUUAAGGACUACAACAAGGCGACACGGGAUCAAUACCUGCUGGGAGGGAGGCAGAUGUCCAUGUUACCUGUGGCCAUCUCGAUUUUUGUCACGUUCGCAUCGGCCAUAUCCCUAGUUGGUGUCCCCGCUGAUGUUUACUUCCACGGUCCCAUGAUCCCCAUCUUCCAACUGGGAUUCGCCAUCGGCUACUUGCUGGGGGUCGUCACCAUGGUCCCCCUCAUCUACCCCCUACACCUGACCAGCAUCUACGAAUAUCUCGAGAUGAGAUUUGAUUCCUCGUUUGUCCGGCGUUUUACGGUCAUCAUCGGCAUGUUGCAGACAAUGUUGUACAUGGCCAUGGCGCUUCUUACACCAGCCCUUGCACUGCAGACAGCUGCAGGGAUCCCACUUGAGGUGUCAGUCCUGAUUGUUGGUGUGACCGGCACUGUGUACACCACAUUGGGGGGUAUCAAGAGUGUCGUGUGGACGGACGUCUUUCAGUGUGUCGUCAUGUACGCUGGGAUCUUCAUCAUGCUCAUUAAAGGCGUGAUGUUGGUUGGCGGUGUUGACGUGACUUUACAGAUUGCCAAAGAUGGUGGACGGACAUCGUUCAUGGCAUUCAGUCCCGACCCUAGGACUAGACAUACCUGGUGGGGGACAACUAUCGGUGGAGCAUUUAUGUGGCUCGGUAACAUAUUCAACCAGUCCACUACACAGCGAGUCUGUUCCGUGAAAACGAUGACCGCAGCCAGAAUAUCUCUGAUCAUUAAUGCGAUUGUAACUGUUGUGUACGGCGUGCUGCUGUUGCUAGUUGGCAUCGUAAUCUUUUCGUACUUCUCUCACAUCCAAUGUGACCCGUACGAGGCUGGAUUAAUAACAAACAAGAAUCGGAUUCCUGCAUAUUUUGUUCUGCAUUCGCUUCAAGAUCUUCCGGGCAUGGCUGGAAUUUACAUGUCAACACUGUUCAGUGGCUGUCUUAGUACUUUGUCUUCAGGUAUCAAUACAUUGGCAGCUGUUACAGUGGAAGACAUUUUGAAAAAACCACUAGAACGGUUCUCAGAAAGCAAGGCCACAAUGAUCACCAAGAUUAUCGCCUGUGUGUACGGGGUUAUAAUUAUAGGCUUGGCAUACUUAGCCGACCAGGUUAAAGGUUCCAUCGCUCAGACAGCAAUGACCGUAUCUGGUGCAUGUUCUAGUCCCAUAGUAGGCAUAUUCCUACUCGGUGCAACAGUGCCUUGGGCUAACAAGUACGGAACCUUGUCUGGAGGUGUUAUCGGCAUCACUGUCAACAUCUGGAUCUCUCUUGCAAACCUCUUGUACGGCCGUAAAGCCGCUGCACUCCCAUCAGCUUCGACUGAAAUGUGUUUCCAGAAUAUUACUACGCUGCAUAACAUUACAACAAAUAUCAUGAAUAGUACUUCACUGACAAAUAUAUACCCCUAUUUUAACAAUAUGUUUACACUGUCGAAUGGUACCCAAAACAUCACUGAUUUUGGUAUUAAUGACAAUAAAAAUUUCACUAAGAAUGUUACAGAUUUUGAUAUUUCGGAAACCAACGUUUUUCUUCAUUUCAUUUACAACUUAUCUUAUGAAUGGUACGGCGUUAUAGGCAUAAUUAUAACUUAUUGUUCUGGAUUGGUUAUCAGUUAUUGUACAAGACAUUACGUUCAAAAUCAGAUCAAUCGGGAACUAAUUUUUCCGUUUGUUAGAAAAUUCUGGAAUUUACCUAAAAUCCAUAGAAAAGAAACAGACGAGGAAAAUUUUCAAGUUGUAGAAAAGAAAAAAGUUCCGAAAAAAUUGUUGGAGAACUACAAAGAAACAAAACUAUCAAUUAAUUUAGGUACUAAUUAACAAGCAAGAUGCUGAUAAGGAUUUAAACGUAUUAGUAAUGUGUGUCUUACGUACCCAG